AUGAAUUGCACAAAAGUGGUGGGUGCGCGCACGGGGCCGGGGCCGCUGCUCGCGGCGCUCGCGGCGCUCACUGCGCGCUGCCCCACAGCCGCCGAGGACCACAGCAGCUGCAGGAACCCGGACGGCGCCGCCGCGCCCUGGUGCUACGUGCGGGGCGCCGCCGGCGGAGCGGAGCGCAGGGCCUGCGACAUCGCCCCGUGCCCAGAUGCCACUUCUACAGCAACGCCAGUCUCUACAGCGGAGGUUGAUGCUUCCCAGGAGGUCAACCAGGUGUUUGAACCGGCUGAUACGCUGCCCUCGCGGAGCGAGGCUGCCGCUGUGCAGCCCGUCGUUGGGAUCAGCCAGAGAGUGCAGAUGAACUCCAAAGAGAAGAAGGACUUGGGGACACUAGGUUACGUGCUGGGGCUGAUCAUGAUGGUCAUCAUCAUUGCCAUUGGAGCUGGUAUUGUCGUGGGAUACAUCUACAAGAGGGGGAAAGACCUGAAGGACAAGCACGAGCAGAAGGUCUACGAGCGUGAAAUGCAGCGCAUCACGCUGCCGCUGUCGGCAUUUUCCAACCCGGCGUGCGAGCUCGUGGACGAGAACACCAUCGUGGUGCACACCAACGAGACGCCCGUGGAAGAUGGCCGCGACGGCGGCGGGCCGCUCAUGGAGCAGGCGGGUACCCCCGGCGCCUGAGCAGCUGCAGCAGGAGA